UUUAACUUUUUAUUUCUACUUUAAGAAUGUUUCCAAAAUAUAUUUGGUUAAUAUUCUUUACAUCUGUACUUUACAUGUUGUAUUACAGUGAUUAUAAAAGUUUUGAAAAGUAUCUAAGAAAUUAUUAUUAUGAAAAUUUUAAAACAGUUUCUAAAGAGAAUCAUAAUAAAAUAGUUAAAAGUAAUGCAGCAGAAGUUUUAUUCACCACGAGUGCACUAAAAAAAUAUACAAAUUUAAAUGACGGCUUAUAUUUAUCGAUAUUAGGUCAAGUUUUUGAUGUAACAAAAGGAGCUAAACAUUAUGGUCCUGGUGAAACUUAUCAUGCAUUUACAGGCCGCGAUGGUUCUGCAGCUUUUAUUACUGGAGAUUUUACAGAAAAUGGACUUACCGAUGAUAUUUCUAGUCUUACCAAUAAACAAAUUCAAUCAUUAAUAACUUGGCUGGAGUUUUAUCGAAAAACUUAUAUAUAUAAAGGAAAAUUGAUUGGAAGGUAUUACAAUAACGAUGGAAAUCCCACUAAUGAAAGAUAUAAGUUAGAGGAAAAAGUACAAAUUGGUAAAAAAAGUGAUUUAGAUGAAGAACAGAAAAAAAUCAAAUAUCCACCAUGUAAUAUUGAGUGGGAUGUAAAUACUGGAACAAGAGUUUGGUGCACUAAAAAUAGUGGAGGAAUCGCACGAAAUUGGAUAGGUGCUCCAAGAAUGCUUUAUGAUGAUGUAAAGUCCAAAAAGUACCGCUGCGCCUGCAUUAGAUUAGAUAUAGAAUUUGAAGAAAAUGAAUUUAUUAUUAAGCAAUACGAGGGAUGUGCUGAGAAUGCAACAGCAUGUAUAUUAGUAACAACUAAUACAUGAAUAUGUGUACAUACAGUGAACUGUUAAACUUAUGAAGGCAUUUAAUUUUUUUCAAUACAAUUACUUAGUGCAC